CUUGCUUAUCUGUCUUUUAUUUUUUUUUUUGACUUUUGACACAAUCCGACCUUUUGGUGUGAUAUUCAGCCAGUUCACAAAAUGGUAAGAUGGCUCCCACCGAGUCUCAGAAGCGCCUGUCGCUUGCGAUUAUUGACUUUUUAGACUCCAGCCUGAAGGAUGGCACUCUGACUGCGGAUGACGCUGAAUCCAUUGAGAUCGCUCAAUCGUGCAUUGCGGACACUUUCAAGGUCGACCCCUCCGAUGAGGCCGCCGUCAAGGACGCUCUUGGCGGACAAUCUCUGGCGAGCAUCUUCAGCGUCUACGAGAAGCUCCGUAAGAAGCCUUCGACAGAACCCGCCGGUGCCGGCGCGCAAGCCCAGAGCACAGAGGCCCAGCAGCCCAAGGCUGGUGCACCCACACCCGAAUCCGACAAGUUGAAAUCGGAGGGAAAUGCAGCCAUGGCCCGCAAGGAAUACAGCAAGGCGAUCGAUCUUUACACUCAGGCCCUGUCCAUCGCCCCCGCGAACCCGAUUUAUCUCUCCAACCGUGCUGCUGCCUACUCAGCCUCCGGUCAACACGAGAAAGCUGCGGAGGAUGCGGAACUCGCCACUGUUGUGGAUCCCAAGUAUUCCAAGGCCUGGAGUCGGCUCGGUCUUGCGCGGUUCGAUAUGGCAGACUACAAGGGAGCAAAAGAAGCCUACGAAAAGGGUAUUGAGGCGGAAGGUAACGGAGGUAGCGAUGCAAUGAAGAGAGGUCUGGAAACCACCAAGCGGAAGAUCGAAGAGGCCAGCCGUGGUGCCGAGCCUCCUGCCGACGAUGUCGACGAUGCCGCUGGAGCAUCGCGCGGUGCUGGUGGAAUGCCUGAUCUUUCCUCUCUCGCCAGCAUGCUCGGUGGCAGAGGUGGCGGCGGCGGCGGCGGUGGUGGUAUGCCCGACCUUAGCUCUAUCAUGAGCAACCCCAUGUUCGCGAGCAUGGCCCAGAACUUGAUGAGCAACCCGGACAUGCUGAACAACCUCAUGAGCAACCCUCAGUUGAGGCAGAUGGCCGAGAACUUCGGAAGCGGCGGUGGAAUGCCUGACAUGUCUAGCCUGAUGAGCGACCCAAGCCUUGCGGAGAUGGCAAGGAACAUGAUGGGCGGUGCCGGGCGUGGAGGUCAGCAGUAAACCAGGAGUUACCCUCAGUUGCAUCAAAGUCCCCCUUUUCUAACCAGCUACGAUAUAUUACCUCUGAAUAUAUCUAAAAGAUAUCCACCUUCUCUGGCUUCACCCACCUGUGGAUUAUUGAAUACGGGCCAUACCAGCUUGGUCAUGACUUUUGCAAACGGAUAGAAGCUAUAAUCGCUAAAUGAUAUCCAAUCUCGCCAAAACACGGAGUAGUCAGUUAUAUUCGUCACUGAAUUAGAUAUAUGUUUACCCUG